AUGGACACAAUCAGUGACUCCGCGUUUGGCAAGGUGGUUCGUUUUUUGACGAAGUCCCGACUGCUUCCGUACUCCGAAGAGAAAGUUCACGAUAUUUGUCAUCAGUAUGCAAGAGAGCAGCCGGAAGCCAGAGAUGAAAAGACGCCACUGUCACCAGUGGGAGGUGCGGAAGAAGACGAGACCUGGGGGUUAUACAGUGUCAUGUCACGGGCCUCCCGAGUGACUCGGCGGAACCCUUGGCAAUCAACUCUCGAUGGGAGGUCGAGUGUCAUUCGACCUGGAGCAAUGUCCGGGGAGGACGUUAUUGUUGUGGACUGGCGAGGGCCAAGUGAUAGUGAGAAUCCUCAAAACUGGAGUACCGCGAAGAAAUUCCUCGUUAGUUGUGAGAUAUGGCUGCUCACAUUUGCGAUCUAUAUCGGUUCUGCCAUCUACACCCCAGGCAUCCCUGGCGUUUCGGAGCAGUUUGGGGUGAGUAACGUGGCAGCUGUCCUUGGUCUUACUCUUUUUGUUCUUGGGUAUGGCCUUGGCCUAAUGGUAUGGUCGCCCCUGUCAGAGCUGCCUAAUAUUGGUCGAAGCCCGAUCUAUAUCCUCACACUGGUUGUCUUUGUCUUCUUCCAGUUUGCUAUUAUCUAUGCUAAGAAUUUUGGAAUGCUUCUUGUCUUUCGCUUUCUCACGGGCUUUAUUGGCUCCCCUUUUCUUGCAACUGGAGCUGUAUCUAUGAGUGAUAUCUGGAAAUCCCAAGCCCGUGAUUAUAUGAUUGGCAUCUGGGGCUGCUUUGCCGUUGCAGCCCCUGUUAACGGAUGGAUCUGGACAAUCUGGCAGUUGCUUUGGGUCUCGGCAUUUACUCUUAUCACUGGCAACCCCAAUUACAUGUCUGAGUCCGAGAUAGAGCUCAUGCAACUAAAUCCAAAGGUGGUUCUAUUCGAGGCACUUGUUAGACCCUUCGAAUUAUGCUUCUUCGAGCCCGUCGUGUUCCUCAUGAACCUGUACAUUUCUAUUAUAUACGGGAUUCUGUAUAUCUGGUUUGAGGCUUUCCCCAUUGUGUUUGGCGAACUUCACGGCUUCAAUCCCGGCGAAGUCGGACUAGCCUUUCUAGGAAUCCUGGUAUCCAGCUGUUGCAUUGCGAUUCCUGCAUACUUCUACUGGAAAUGGAAGUACCAAUCCAAAUACUAUAUCGGAAACUGGAAUAUUAAGCUAGAAUACCAGCUGCCGCCUGCCUGUGUUGGGGCUAUUUUACUGCUUAUCUCCAUUUUCUGGUUUGGCUGGACAGAUAACUUUGCUUCUGUCUACUGGAUUAUCUCUACUAUAGUCUCUAUGCUCUUUGCUAUCAGUGGCUGUUUUAUUUUCAACACUAUAUUCCAUAAUCUCGGUGUGGGCUGGGCAUGCAUCCUCUUAGGCUGCUUGUAUAUGCUCUUCAUUCCCUAUCCGUUUGUCUUGUACAUCUUUGGAAAGCGUGUCAGGAUGGCAAGUAUGUAUGCUCGUCAUGAUAUUUAA